AUGACAAUCGCUCCUCCUGAGCUUUUCGAGGAGACAGCGCGCGCAUUAGAAAUCUCCGCGGCCGCGCCACGUAUUCUGUGUCCAGCCUCAACAGCUGGAGCGCGGGCAGCUAAUUGGCCGUACAUCGCGCCGAGGAAAGUGUUAAACACUUCCAGUUCGUGCGCGACUCGCGACGCCGCCGCGUGCCUGGGCGCCAAGGCCGUGUCCGCCGUGCGGCGCGCCGCGCGCAUGGACACGCUGCAGCUGGUGGACGGCGUGGCGUUCGUGAGGACGGGCGAGGACGCGCCGGCGCCCGAGGGCGAGGGCGAGGGCGAGGCGGAGGUGCGGCGGUCGCUGGAGGCGGCGGGCGGCGCCAGCCUCUUCGACCUGCUGAUGGACGCCGUGGGACGCUUCUUCCACUCGCACUCCCUGCAGCUCAGCAUGCCCCAGGGCGCGCCAGAGCUGCUGCAGCGGGCGCUGGAUGAGGGCCGCGGCAAGAAGAAGAUGCUGAAGCAGCUGCUGCCCAUCCUGCUGGCGGCGGGCGCCAAGCUGCUGCUGGUGGUGCCGCUGGGCAUCGGGCUGCUGGGGCUGGUGGCCACCAAGGCGCUGCUGGUGAGCAAGCUGGCGCUGCUGCUGGCCGGCGGGCUGGCCCUGCAGAAGCUGCUGGGCGGCGGCGGGCUGGGCGGCCUGGGCCUGGGCGGCAAGGGCGGCGCGUCCGCCGGCUGGAGCGCCGGCGCCGCGCCCGCCGCCGGCUGGAGCGCGGGCGGCGGCGGCGGUGGCUACAGCUCCGGCCCCGCCGCCUCCUCCGGCUGGUCGCGCAGCCUCGACGCGCACGAGUUGGCGUACGCCGGCCAGCAGCCCGCGUCGGCGCCCGCGCCGGCG